CAAUGUCAAAACAACGAAGGAUCGGAAGUGGUAUCUGCUAUGGAAAAAGGGAAACGAAAAAAGAAUCUUCAGAUUUUGGAGUGAAACAGUUAAGACAGAAAGUCAUGACACAACCAGAGAAAUAUAUGUUUUCCCUUGCUGCCCUUGCUUUGGUUGUAGCUAUUUUUGUGGUACCACUGACAGCUGAAAUAUCUAACGUCACGUGUAAGUAUCCAGGACUUUUGACAAGAAAAAAAGCACCAUAGUGCUAGGUUAGCUUAGCUAGUUACCUUGUAUCUACGGAAGUUUACAUCCUUUUCACCGAUUUAUUUGUUGAGUUUUCGUUGACCAUGGCUUCUACCAGCCACCUGGGCAGUCGGCACUAAAAGAUAUGUUGUUAAAUGUUUGGGCCAUGAAUAACACCGGCUAGCCCGUUGCUAACUGUAGACACGUACAACAUCUUCAACUCUAAGGAAGACAGUUGUCAGUCCACAAAUGAGCUCCAGUCAUUUAAACUUCCCUCCUAGGGGUAGUUGACGGAUUAAUACAGCAUGUGACCACAGGGCUCUGCAGCCAUAACUUCAGCCCUCUCACAUGCUUUGCUCUUCCUGGCAGCAACGCUAGCUGACUGGUUGUAGCUUGCUGUUAGAUUGAGUAUAUUUUUUAAACUGUGGCUACCCAUUUAGUUAGCGAUCACACACUUUUGAAUGGAAUAGGAUCCUCGUCUAUAUCGAUAGGAGGCAAUCAUAUGUUCAAGCUACUCAGCAUAUAGUCCUGAGGAUGGAUGAGGCGGUUCUGACAGUCAACAAUGAGCUGGACACUGAGGUGGUGGUGUCCUGGAUGUCAGAGAGAUGCUUUCAGUGUUUGUACCAGCAGUUAGGUGUUAUACCUGCAGGAACCAGUCCUGGCCAGCCCAGUUCAGUAGACUUUGUUGUGGGCACACAGCAUGGAAUUACACUACAGCUCACCAGCACCCUUAUCGACCUGGAGCUCUGCACGGUUCCAUUCCACUUUGGGGAGCACGGGAACUACUCUCUCUGGGUGAAAAAUCUGAAUGACUCCUCAGUGGUCAACUGCUCUGUGGUGACUGAUGCAGACCCUGUCAACAGCUACAUACCGAUCUUGGUAGCUUUUCUUAUCUUUGCUGGACUGGCCUUGGCAUCUGCCAUAGGAACAACAAUAUUAGGGCUUGAUGUAGUGAGGGGUUUUUUCUUCCGAAUAAGUGGCUCCAUGGAGACUGAGAGGCUCAUCAACUCUGAACUGGGUAGCCCUGACAGGACAGUAUCAUUAAUAGCUGACAACAUCCUCCCUCCACCACCCAGCCCCAGCAAGAGGCUGCGAUCUCUGGACACAUUCAGAGGUAUCUCCUUGGUCAUUAUGGUGUUUGUAAACUAUGGAGGGGGACGAUACUGGUUCUUUAGACAUGAAAGCUGGAACGGCCUCACAGUUGCAGAUCUAGUCUUUCCCUGGUUUGUGUUUAUAAUGGGGACAUCCAUCGCCCUGUCAACACACUCCAUGCUCCGAGCGGGCUCGACCCGCUGCUCACUGCUCAGGAAAGUUUCGUGGAGGAGCACGCAGCUUUUUAUUAUCGGUGUCUUCAUCAUCAACCCAAACUAUUGCCAGGGACCAUUAUCCUGGGACAACCUCCGGAUUCCUGGUGUGUUGCAGCGCCUGGCCUUUUCAUACUUAGUUGUAGCCUGCCUGGAUCUAUUGGUGGCAAGAGGUCGCCUUGACAUCCUUACAACGGAUGCUUGGUGGUCCCCUGGCCUUGACAUCUUGCUGUACUGGCCUGCCUGGCUUUGUGUAAUUAUCUUAGAAAUCAUCUGGCUAUGCCUCACUUUCCUACUUCCUGUACCAGAUUGCCCAACAGGAUAUCUGGGUCCAGGUGGGAUCGGGGACAUGGGCCUGUAUGCUAACUGCACUGGGGGCGCAGCUGGUCUCAUUGACAGAUGGCUUCUUGGAGAAAGCCACAUCUACCAUACCCCCUCGUCACGGGUGAUUUAUGCAACUCAUAUGCCAUAUGAUCCAGAAGGUGUUCUCGGCAGCAUCAACUCUGUCCUCAUGGCUUUCCUUGGAUUACAGGCAGGAAAAAUAAUCUUACACUACAGAGAUCUCCACACAAGUAUAAUAUCAAGGUUCCUUAUAUGGGGUCUCCUAUUGGGAGCCAUAUCUGCAGUUCUGACCAAGUGUUCCACAGACCAUGGCUUCAUUCCUGUUAACAAGAACCUAUGGUCUCUUUCCUAUGUGACAACGCUGGCCUGUUUUGCAAACGUGCUGCUAGUGCUGGUGUACUUCACAGUGGAUGUGAAGAAGUGGUGGUCUGGAGCACCUUUCUACUAUCCUGGUAUGAACUCCAUCCUUGUGUACGUGGGCCAUGAAGUGUUUGAGGAGUAUUUCCCCUUCCGUUGGCACAUGGCCAACAGCCAAUCCCACACUGAGCACCUCACCCAGAACCUUGUGGCUACUUCCUGUUGGGUCUUUAUCUCCUACGUUCUCUACAGAAAGAAGAUUUUCUGGAAAGUUUAAUAGCGGAGCCUCUGAAUUGGACAUACCAACAACAAUACCAGAGGACAUUGUUUACAAAGCUGGAAACAGGAGGAAAACAGGAGAUUUUAUUUAAUCAAAUUGAUGGUGAUUAUCUUUCUCUGAACAUAUGUGGAGUCUUCCUUCAAACAGCACAUCUUUUUUCAGUGUUGUAAUUGCUCUUUAUUUUCAGCCAAUACUUUAUAGGACCAUACAUAUUCAAGUCUUUUUCCAAAGAUCUUCAGAUAUGAAGCAGUGGACCCUGGCCAAAUACCUUAACUGACUCACGAAGAACUCACCAGAGAACAGUUCAUACAUUUGAGAACUAUGUUAAUGUUAUUUAAUUACAUUAUAUAUGCUAGUUUCAAUUCCUCAUCCUAUACCACAGAUUACAGCAGCAGAGUGUUAAAGUAGUGGUUUACCAAUUCCUUCUUGACUUCCUCUUGGGAGAGUUUGUGAUGCAACAAACAAUGUUGCAAUAGUCUGAAAACAUUUUUUGUGAAACUGAUCCUUCAAGAACAGGACACAUUAAAUGAUUUUAUAAUAAUUUAAUAUAAUUGUCAACUGCACAGUUGACUAAAGAUGUACAUUAUAAACAAGGGGAAAACUGUAGUUGAGCUUUGUUUAAAUGGAAAGUUAAACAUCUGCGAUAUAUCAUUCAUCAGUUGUCUUUUCUUCAUGUGCAAUGCUGCGUGUUACCAAGUGUGAAGGGGAAGUGAAGAAGGGCAUGUCAGAUGACUUUUGAAAACUACUAGUGGUUGCUUGUUUUGCAUUUUGGCCCGUGCAGAAGCACACAUAUCCAUGAGAUUACUUUCAUGAUCAAGUUGUCAAAGUCACAGAACUUAUCAUUUAAAUGUUGUCACAAUCUCCUUUUUAUGAUGAAAGUGUUGGCAGAAAUUAUUUGCCUUUCAUUUUUAUAUUAACUUUUCGUUAAGUGUUACAUGAGUUCAAAGAUUGUACUGUAUGGUGCCCAUGUACGUUGGUAUAAUUGUAAGAUUUAGAAAUAUAUAUUUGAUGUCUUUUCUUACUAUAAUAAUGUGUUAUAAUUUCUCCUUUCUACAUUUGACAGUUAACAUAAAUAUGAAUUCAUUACCACAUUUUACAAAAUCAAACAUUCAAUCUGUAUAAUAUCUGAAUGCUGUGAGAGAUUGGGGAAUAUUAUAAUCUAGUACUGUCUAAGAAUUCAUUUUGCCAAACUUUUAUACAAUUAUUUUUUUAUAAUCACCACUUGAAAAUAAGUUUAUAUAAUAAAAUAUGUUCCAAAAUGUU